CGAGUUGGCACACAUGCGCGGACUGCGGACAUCGACUCCGGUCGGUCGGCGGCCAAGAUGGUGGCCGACGUAGAGCAGCUGGACUGAGCUGGAGCAGGAGCACACGGAGCGGCCUUCAGUGCGGUUGUUGUGCGUUCUUCGAUGUCAGCAGUCGUAGUGCUGGCGGUCUCUCCGGCCAGUCUAUAAUGUCGUCGAAGUACGCCAAGCUCGAUCAAGACUACCAGAGACUCGUGGGCGAGAUGGGGGUGCUGCGCUGCCGCCUGGAGAGCAAGGGGGAAGCCUUGCUAAUCCUCACUCGGGACCUGGAGCAAUGCCAGAGCGAGCGAGACCAGUACAAGCUUAUGGCCGACCAGCUACGAGAGCGCCACGCCGAGCUCAAGCGGCGCGUCCAGGGCUGGGGCCCUACCAUAGCUGGUGUCUACGACGUCAGGAACCUCAAGGGUCAAGCGGAGAAAAGCCUGGCACAGCUGUUGUGCGAGAUGAAGGAGCAGAACCGGGCCCUGCAGACUGAGCUGACAGACGUCAGGCAGAAGCUGCAGGAGGCGCGGGAAGACGGCAAGCUGCUGCGCGAGCAACUCCGGGACCGGCAGAGCCUGGCCGCAGGGGAGGAGGAGCCCUGCCUGGGGCCUGGGGACCGGAUCGCCCUUGUCACACAGCUGGAGGCCGUGCGCUCAAAGUGCCAGCUGCUGGAGCGAGACCUGCAGGCGGUGCUGGAUGAGAAGGAGGAGCUGGUGCGCUCGUCGGAUGCCUACCGGCACAAGGUGGACCGCCUGAACCUGCAGCUGAACCUGGUGCUGCGGGGGGAAGGCCACGUUCCGGUCGACGUUGACGCCCUCAUCACGGAGAACAGGUAUAUGCAGGAGAGGAUUCAGCUGCUUCAGGAAGAGAAGUCCUUGCUGCUCACAUCCCUCAACAAAUACAAGAGCCUGGCCGAGAAGAACAGGGGCCGUGGCGCGGCAGGUGGCAUCGCAACUGGGAUCUCAAACAAGCAGAUGCAGCAGUUGCUGCAAGGGUGCUCCACGGACGUGUCGUCUGCCACUGCGGACGUCCGGAGCCUGGUGGCGCUUCUGCUGGAGUCCCUCAACGACCGCACCUUGGCCCUGAACCACCAGCGGAAGGCAAACAAGGUGCUGGGAAAGCGCAUCACGGAGCUAGAAAGCAGGCUCAAGGCUGGCAAUGGUGCCUGGAGAGCUCCCCAAAGGACCAGAGCCCUGUCGGACUCAAGCCACCUGAACGGGGAAGAGCAGCUGUCCAACGGCAGGCUGCCUUCGCUCAACGGCGCAGCUGGCUCAGGAGUGGCGGAAGCACCGAGGACCGUGGUGUGUCGGGAUGGCCCCGAGCCGUCGGCCAAUGACGUGCCGGAGGACGAGGACCUCCCGGCUGACCUGCGGCGCAUGCUGUCGGCGGCCAUGAAGGAGCUGGGCAGCAGCCGCCCGGGUUCGCCCCCCGAGGAGACCCAGCCCAGCUGCUGAUCUGGCCGCUUUGAGACCCGCACGCCGGAAGCGCCACGCAGCGACCCGCCUCCUGUCCUCGCUCGUGCUCGUCGACAAGCAUCCAGUUGGGCCUGAAAGAAGCGGGGCCACGGCUUGCCGGAGUCACCCUCACUGAGACGAGCUCUUGCCGAGCGGCUGCAUCGUUUGCAGACGGUGCCAGGCUGCGUGUCCUAGUUCACCUUGACACGUUGGCCGCAUCGUUUGCUUCUUCUACGCGUUUCGGCGAAAGUUCAACACUCUCCUGUGCUAUCGUGGUGGUGCGCUUGGAUUACUGCGCAGGACAAAAAAAUGUUUGGCAGCGUGGUAUCGCCGGCCCUCGACUGUAACCAAAGGCGAUAUGGUCGAUUGGAGGGUUCUUUUUGGGAUCUCUUCCGCAUUCCAAAGUGCUCGUAGGACUUGGUUCAGCAAAGAGGCGAAUUGUGCAUUCUGGUUUUCUCAGUUCGUGGCUGUGCACUAUACGCCCGACACCCGCAGUCAAAAAGUUUGUUCGAACAACGGGAAAGUCCCCCGACCCGCGGGUGGCUUUUCCGUCGACCGCAGCGAGAAGCGCGGGACAUUCGCACUAGUCGCCGGCGAGUGCAAUUCGUAGUGAGCAUGCUGAAAUGUAAAAGUUGAAACAUGGUGUGACUGAGCAGCACAGGAAGGAACAAUUCUGCCAUUUUGUUCAGUCAUUUAGUUGUUCACACUUGUUGUCUGGUGUACAGUAUGCAAGUUUUUUCUAUUACUUCUACACAAUGAAGUGACUUAGCCACUGAAUGGAGAAAGAAUGUGGCUCCUCCACCCGUUGUAUCAAAUGCUUUGUAGCCACGAUUGGUAAUAUUGGCUACGAAUGGCCAUACAUAUCUUCAGUGGGGCUCCAGAAAACCGGGGUGAGUGCCCAGAUGUGUUGAUGCAGACCACUCCUAGUCAAUUCUAGUCCCAGCUCAGUGAUGUAGAACUAUUGUAUGUGAGCAUUGGCCCUUUUGACAUGGUGGUUCUAGUCUUUUGUGAACAUUGGAACUUCAAAAGUACCCGACACUCUAUUAACUUUAUGGAAAAAAAAUGUGUUGGUGUGGGUCAGGAUUGAAGAAAGAAUAAAUAUGUUAAACAACCACAUCUUGCAAGUCGAUCAUAUGUAAAGCUUUGCAGUGCAGUCCUGAACAGGUCAGUUUCAGUUGGUGAAACAUUGCCACUGCCACUCUUAGAUCUGACUUCGUCGAACAUUCGGUGCGUAGGCGAUACAAGCUACUCUCAAGUCUGCCAUUCAUGUCGACAGACUUGGUCUUGAAAAGGUCAUGCUUUGGGUCUUUUCUGUGUGGCAGUUGCCCAAAGAUUCAAUGUGGGGGGCAAUCGGUCUGAACGUGCACUCGCUUAUUGCUCUCGCAGUAGAAAACUACUAAAAAGCUACUGUUAUGUAGCAUGUGCAUAUUUGAAGAGUGACCUUGGGCAGUAAAGUUUGCUGCUCAAUCCCAAGUGCAUUAGUGCAAGUUAUUGCCAAUCCUGGGUGAGGAUAUGCAGUGCGUGCCAAGCUAAGCUCACUGGCCUGGAGAGACUUUAAUGUCAGUGUGGUCUUUCAAAUGAGCGAUGCUGAAAACUUAACUUGUGCAUUCUUACAAGUGCCGUGGAAGAGGCGGCUCGUCUAGGUUCCAUUUGCAUACCAUGCAAUGACCGCUGUGCUUCCAAGUGGUGAACAUUAUUCUUGAUUCGAGGGUUUAAUGCAGCCUCUUGAAAAUGGCUGAACCUGCUUACAAAAGAGGCCCACAAAAGACUCCAUCAUUCCAUUUUUAGGAAAUGACUAAAUACUUGUUUAAAACCAUUUUUUUUUUUUUAAGUGUUGGCAGUGUGAGAACACAUUUAACAUACAUGUAGUCCACGCAUUGAUUUUUUGAGUUUAUUAUCGAUAAUGUCUUUGUUUGGUUCUCGAAUAUCUAGUCGCAAGAAUGCUUGAGAGUAUUUAUGCGAGUGUUUUGGUUCAGUCUCAAUCGCAUUUUAUUGAUCUCUGCACAUUUCGACAGAUUUUUUACAUGGAUUCCAAGGUUUCUCAUGAGUUUUAGAAUAGUCUACUAUCAGUCGUACGACUAUUGAUAGUUUUGCACGACUGCCAAGCAGGGAAGAAGCACCAAAGAAAGAUGUACACCCAGAGCAAUCGAGUACAGCACUUGCACGUCCAGAAUCCCACUCUGUAUCUUGUUUCUGAUUUUAAACAAUCUCGCGUGAAUUUGCUAAUUUGCUGGUCUCCUAUCGACAGAAAUCGUUGCCCUCCGCUCUACGUGGUCUCAUGGAAGCAGCAUUCCUGUUUUUUGUGAACGAUAGUUAAACUGCACGAGCAAGUGCAGUGGUCAAAACAUUCUGUACCCGUGACAUUUGUAAGUUGCCCUCUGGGUGCAUAGAGUCUACCAUAUAUUGCUGUGCAAAGGUCGACUCCGAGUCCAGGCCCCUCCCUCAAAUACUGACGAAUAAAAAAAAAAUUUUUUCGUUG